AUGGAGAAUACCUUAUCAUCACCUUAUCAUCAUUGUAUAUCUAUUAAUUGUGAUAUAUUGGUCCACCAGACACUUUCACCGCUGGAAAUGUAUCCACGUAUAUUAGAUUUUCAUCCUGUCAAUACAGUAUCUUUUACCAUGACAUUAGCUCGUAACUGUGUUCUUCCAAUGAUUGUAUCCAAAGGUAAUGAUCAAGUUCCAAUGACAACAAAAUUUGAAAGUCGACAAGAUGUUGCCGUAAUACGUAAUUAUGGUCAUUUAUUAGCACAAUUAUCUGCAGUUGUCCCAGAUGGUAUUGUGGCAUUUUUUCCAAGUUAUCAUUAUCUUGAGUCAACAUUUGCCAGUUGGUAUGAACAACAUAUUGUUGAACAAAUUCAAAGGAAUAAAUUGUUAUUUGUUGAAACACAAGAUGCUGAAGAGACAAGUUUAGCAUUGGCUGCUUAUCAUCGGGCAUGUGAAAAUGGACGUGGAGCUGUAUUAUUAUCAGUUGUACGUGGUCGAGUAUCUGAAGGUAUAGAUUUUGAUCAUCAUCUUGGCCGUUGUGUUAUCAUGUUCGGUGUACCGUAUGUGUAUACACAGAGUCGAAUAUUCAAGGCUCGUUUAGAUUUCCUUCGUGAACAAUACAACGUUCGACCGAAUGAAUUUAUUACAUUCGAUGCAAUGCGCCAUGCUGCACAAUGUUUAGGACGAGCUAUUCGUGGUAAAUCCGAUUAUGGUAUUAUGAUUUUAGCGGAUAAACGUUAUGCUCGCGCAGAUAAACGUUUUAAAUUACCCGGUUGGAUACAAUCCCAAUUACAAGAUGCAUUUAUUAAUUUAUCUAUAGAAGAAUCAAUACAAGCAUCAAGACGUUUUUUACGUUUAAUGGGUCAACCAUUUAAUAAAGAUGAUCAAUUAGGUUUAGCAUUAUUAACACGUGAACAUAUUAAUAAAUUAAUUAUACAAAAUCAAACUAAUUCAGUCAUUUCAAUGAAUAAGAUGAAUAAUAUACAAACAAUAAAUAAUUCAACUCAACCAAGAACUGUAACCACAGCGUUACCAUUGAAAUGA